AUGUCCGUCAAGCCUCGAACCGACCGUCCCGUAACCAUCAUUGGUGGUGGUGUGCUGGGUCGUCGUAUAGCCUGCGUCUUCGUGGCAGCUGGUUACAAUGUGCACAUUCGAGAUCCAUCCCCAGAAGCACUUCAAAGCUCUUUGGACUACAUCGAUGCCCACAAGGAGGAGUUUUCAUUGAUGCCUCGUAUCAGCAAGGAGAAGCAGUCCAUUGAUGGGGCCAAGGGGACCGAGACCGAGACCUCCAUUAGGAAAGUUGACCUUGAGGCAUACACGCAAGCUCCUUUCGGAAACUACAAAACCUUCACCGAGAUCGAGCCCGCAGUUUCGAAUUCAUGGCUGGUUGUCGAGGCAGUGCCAGAGAUACUAGAUCUCAAGACGGAGACAUUUGCCGAACUUGACGCGCACGCACCGACGGACUGCAUCUUCGGCUCAAAUAGCUCCUCUUUCAAGUCGAGCUUGAUUGUUUCCAAAGUUUCGUCUGAGAGAAAAAAGCGAAUUCUCAACACCCAUUUUACUAUGCCACCAACCAUCCGAACUGUUGAGUUGAUGACAUGCGGAGAGACCGACCCGGGGGUCAUAAAUUAUCUGGAAGAUGUGCUGGGAGAGUGUGGCUUGCUCCCUGUGGCUGCGCGGCGUGAGUCAACGGGAUUCAUCUUCAAUCGCCUCUGGGCAGCAAUCAAACGUGAGAUCCUAAACAUCCUCUCUGACGGCGUGAGCGAUCCCAGCGAGAUCGACCUUCUUUGGGAACACAUGUUUAAGAAUGGCCCACUACCAUGUCAGCUUAUGGAUCAAGUUGGCUUGGACACAGUUGCCUAUAUCGAGGAAAACUACGUGAAGGAGCGUGGGUUGGAUCCCAGAAAUACCGUCGACUGGCUGCGAGAACACUAUCUCAACCAAGGAAGACUCGGAAAGAAAAGCGAGAAGGGCGGCUUAUAUCCCCCUAUCGUCCGAUCUGCAACAGCUGAAGCACAGCCAGCCAACCCCCAUAGCACUGCAAAGGACAUUUACUUGCUUGACGUGGGCCUCGGGGGUAACGCUCGUGAUGUCUCACAGGUGCACUCAAACGGCAAAAUCUUGCUCCUGAAUCUCGCGACACAAAAGUUGACACCUAUCGUGGUUGGACAGAAUCUCCCAGAUGGUGUCGAUGUCUCAUUGGAGACCCAGCGUAUAUUCUGGACAAACAUGGGUCGCAGCACAGCAUCCCGUGAUGGGUCUGUCUGGUCUGCCAAUAUGGAUGGUAGCCAGAUAAGAUGCCUUAUUCCACAAGGCAAAACCCACACUCCAAAGCAAAUCUCAGUCAUCGACUCGCGAAAGCAGGUGUUCUUCUGCGACCGCGAAGGCACAAGUGUGCACCGAGUCAACUUCGACGGCAGCAACCAUGAAAUAUUAGUGCAACGACGUCCAACACCUGAUAUGAUUUUGACUGAUCAAAUGCGUCUUUGGUGUGUAGGCAUCGCGAUUGAUGAUGAGCAUGGUGUAAUGUACUGGACGCAGAAGGGACCUAGCAAAGGUGGACGGGGCCGGAUUUUCUGCGCUGGUCUUGAUAUUCCGUCUGGUGAGACCGCUGAGAAUCGGUCGGACAUCCGGUGUCUAUUCGAUGAUCUGCCAGAGCCGAUUGAUAUAGAGAUCGAUAGCACAACCCAAACGCUGUACUGGACUGACCGUGGAGAGCAUCCGAUGGGUUGCGCUUUGUAUCGUGCAUAUGUGGGAGGGGAGAGUAUUGACAUGCACAAGGUUAUUCUGGCACGUCACUUUCAUGAGCCGAUUGGGCUAAAGCUGGAUCGGACCAACAACAUCGUCUACGUGGCUGAUCUCGGCGGUAGCUUAUAUUCGGUUGGGCUGGACGAUGGCAUGAAAGUUGAGUUGGUCAGAAAUGAUGGGUGCUAUACCGGCAUUACCUUGGUUUGA